AUGCUGCAUAAAAUGAUACAAAUUCAAUCGCAAGAAACCACUGAGUUGCUGCUGGUUGUAAGCAGUUUAACGUCGACAAAAGAAAUAGAAACAAAAGGAAAGAUCUCAGAAUUAUUAGAAUCCAACGGCAUUAAAGAUGAAGUCAGAUCUGAGAAGGGCAAGCGACAGAUCUUCGGUACGAGUAUAGCAGGGUCUACGUCAUUCGGAUCAUCUAUAGGUUUGGCACCAGGACCUGGAAUAGCGUCUAUAGGGCCUGGAAUAUCUUCAAUCGGACCAGGGUUACCAUCCUUCGGUCCUGCAAUUAGCCCAGCAGCGUCUCUGCCUGUGGCGGUAGCUCCAGCCCCGGUUGCCGCCCCUGCACUUCCCAUUUCCGCCCCUACUAUUCCCGUCGCCUCACCGGCCAUCCCCGUAGCUCCAGCGGUACAAACUUCAGUAGCCGUUGAACCUAAUCCCGUAAUCUUACGGCAAGAAGUGCCGAGGUACAUUACCCGCACGAUCACUCGCGACGUGCAAGUACCAGUUCAAGUACCUGUACCAUAUCCUGUUGAACGGCAAGUACCUGUCGAAGUAAGAGUACCUGUACCGGUGGACAGGCCGGUUCAUGUCGUUCACAAAGUACCAGUCGAAGUGACUAGACAAGUGCCCGUGUACUACGAGAAGAAAGUGCCAUAUCCUGUGAGAGUAUCCGUUCCGGUGCCUUACCCGGUUGAAAGGCGAGUACCGGUUGAUAGGCCAGUUUAUGUUGACCGUCCAGUACCCGUGCCGCAGCCGGUUUACGUAGACCGUCCAGUGAAUGUACCUGUUCCGGUACAAGUUGAUAGACCAGUGCCAGUGCCACAGCCGGUUGUUGUUGAUAGGCCCGUGCCAGUACCGCAGCCAGUAGUUGUGGAAAGAAGAGUCCCAAUAGCUGUAGCACCAGUCAGUGCCGUGCCUGCUAUACCCGCCGUGCCUGCUGUACCUGCAAUACCUGCUAUAUCCGGAAUACCAGGUUCUUUAGCCGCAACAAUUGCAAACUCUAUUCCUAUAUCUUCUGGCACUUCUGGAAUUUCAAACGGAUUCUCAAAUUCUAUUCUAUCUAACUCUAUAUCUGGUUUCUCUAGUUCUCUAAAGUAA